AUGUCCGACAUCAGUGCUGAUGGCGACGUCAAGGAUAAGGCAGCAGACCCAGAAGUGGUUGCUGAACCAAAGCUCUUCGAAGAGAGUAAUGCAGGUGAUGGUACCCACCGUGAAGAGCAUUACUUGCAUGGUGCGCGGCUGAUGCUAUGUCUGUUUUCACUCUAUAUUUGCACUUUUUUGAUCGCACUCGACCAAACAAUCGUGAUAACUAUCAUGCAAAAUGUUGGAAAUCACUUUAAUGCCUUGAACAAAGUUGCGUGGAUCACUACGGCGUUCUCGUUCUCGAUGGCCGUGUUUAUGCAAAUCUGGGGAAGCGUCUCCAUUGCCAUUGGCAGAAAGGUCAGUCUUUUUCUAGCAGUUGGACUUUUCGAGCUUGGGUCACUUUUGUGUGGAGUAUCAAAUACUAUCAACAUGUUGAUUGGAGGACGAGUUAUCGCCGGUUUUGGUGGUGGUGGUAUUCAAUCACUGGUGAUGGUGAUCAUCGCAGAGGUGGUUCCCAUAGAAAGAAGACCAAUAGCGAUGGCUGGACUGGGUGUAACUUUUGGGCUGGCAAUGGUGUUGGGUCCUUUAAUCGGAGGAGCAUUUACCACAAAUGCAACUUGGAGAUGGUGUUUCUAUAUCAAUCUACCUAUCGGUGGCCUUGCCGCUGCGGUUGUGUUCUUUGUGUUUCACCCUCCCAAACCGAAAGGCAAGAUUCUUCCAAAGCUGCUAGCUAUAGAUUGGUUUGGAUUGUUUCUUAUGGUUGUUGGAUUCACAUUAUUUUUGCUUGCACUAUCUUUUGGAGGAAACGAAUUUCCCUGGAGAUCUGCUGCGGUGAUUUUGUGUUUCGUACUCGGAGGUCUGUUCAUAGGACUCUUCUCCCUCUGGAACUUCAAGUACUCCAAAAACCCUCUUAUUCCUGCAGAAAUUGUUAGGGUUCGUGCCAUUGACUUGGCAUGCCUAGGAUUGUUUGCUGUUUUUGCCUACUUUAUGGCGCUGGUGAUCUACGCGGCAUUGUACUUCCAAACUCUCAGAGGUUACAGUGCACUUAUUGCUGGGGUUUCUUUACUCCCCACCAUUAUACCCAUGGUGAUAUUUUCCAUAGGAACAGGUAUAUCCACAGCAAAGUUCAGAUACAUUAAACCCUUCACUGUUUUUGGUGGGGCUCUUGGGCCUUUGGGUUGCGGUCUGUGGUGUUUGCUGGGAGUCCAUUCGGGACUAUCUCUUCGUAUUGGAUGUCAGAUCAUCUUUGGUAUAGCAGUGGGAACCAUGAUGCAGCCAUUUAUUAUCCAUGUUCAGAUGGCGGCUCCAAAGACGGCAGGUUCCACUAUCAUUGCCAGCACUCUUAUGAACUUUGCCAGAAACCUGGGUGCGGCAGUUGGUUCGGACCUGGCACAGCUGGUGUACACUUCAACACUUUCGUCGAAAAUCCGCGAUCUUGAGGGAAGUGCUGAAUACCUCAGUUUGGGUCUAGAUAGUUACCCGCUGAGCCAGCUGACUGGAGACACUUCAAAAAUACACACACUUCCCGAGCCUCUCAAGGAAAUGGUCCUUCAAGUAUUCAUGGCGGCUUUUAAGAAUGUGUUCUACUUAUCGAUCGGUUUCGCUGCGAUCGCCUUCUUCUGUGCCUUGUGUAUGCCAAACGUGAGACUUCCCAAGAAGAGCAAGGGAAUUGACGACUCAGAGACGGAAAAAGAUACAAAGGAGAAAUGUGAUACGGCGGCAAGUGAGACUAGUGAGAGAGAUGAUGGAGAUGGUGGAGAUGGUGGAGAUGGUCAAAGACAUGAAGCCGACUGA